CCACAGAAAAAUAGUACGCUGGAGAUUUCGUCUGGUAAAAUCGCGUUCACUGUCCCUGCGACUGUGGAAAGCCAGCGCUGGUUGUUUGCGAGCCCGUUUUACAGGAAUCCGAUGGUCGUUUGAUCGGUAUACAUCUCGGGAUCGAACGCGUCGAUCGCAUUUCAAUUUGGUGUAAAGGCGAAUCCGGACGUCGAGGUGGGCUUGUCGGCGCAGUGGGCCAGUGCGCAUCGGUGGACCGAAACACGGAGCCGAGAUCAGUGGGAGAGUCGAGAGUGUAAUGUCUGAUAAGACGAGCGAUGGACAGCCGUGCGAGCGCGUGAUCCUACCUUUGCUUUUGACAGUUCACCUUCCCUGAAAAGUGACUCGAAUCGUCGAACGGGCCCAUCCGCGAGCAGCAGUCGUGUUGCGCCUAAUAUGUUCGUGCCAAUGUGCCAUUGAUCCAGGCGGACUGACGGAGGACUGAUUCAGAUAAUCGCAGGCAGCGCACCAGAGAAAAGCACAAGUGGUCGUUCGUUCGUGUGUGUCGCGCGUUCCGUUCCGUAUAGUCGUGACCACCUACGUGUCUUUGACUCAUAGUAUAGAAAUAUCAACCAGGAAAAUCUACCUCCGUACCAGACUAAUAACAGUCAGUAUCUGUCAUUACAUUUUCCCACUGACAAACAAAGGCGGCUAGUUUUAGCGCUGCCUUCAACCACUGGAUAUAUAAUAUUGUCUCUCUCUCUUCCUCUCUGUCGUUCUUGUUCUCGUGGAACGAAGAAACAGAAUGGAGGCGAUAGCAAAGCAUGAUUUUACGGCUACCGCCGAGGAUGAGCUUAGUUUUCGAAGGAGCCAAAUCCUCAAGAUUCUAAAUAUGGAGGAUGACAUGAACUGGUACAGAGCUGAACUAGAUUCCAGAGAAGGACUCAUUCCAAGUAACUACAUAGAAAUGAAAAACCACGAUUGGUAUUAUGGAAGGAUAACCAGAGCAGAUGCAGAGAGACUAUUAAUGAACAAACAAGAAGGCGCUUUUCUUAUUAGAAUUAGUGAAAGUUCGCCUGGUGAUUUCUCUUUGUCUGUUAAGUGUUCAGAUGGUGUUCAACACUUCAAAGUAUUGAGGGAUGCCCAAGGAAAAUUUUUCUUGUGGGUGGUCAAAUUUAACAGUCUUAACGAAUUAGUAGAAUAUCAUCGUACGGCAUCCGUUUCUCGCUCGCAAGAUGUUAAACUACGAGAUAUGAUCCCAGAAGAAUGCCUAGUACAAGCGUUAUACGAUUUCAUGCCACAAGAACCUGGUGAACUCGAGUUUAAACGAGGUGAUGUAAUUACUGUAACUGACCGUACGGAUCAACAUUGGUGGCAUGGAGAAAUUGGUAACAGACGAGGCUUGUUCCCAUCUACGUACGUCACUCCUUAUCACUCCUAGAAUAAAAUGAUCGUUGAUUUUAGGCCUGAUAUCGCGCACACACAGGCCAGAAGCAUCGGCCACCAUGUCCCACCACUACUAUACACAGAAUCAGAGCUGGAGCAGAAUUAAUCAAGAAAAUUUUGCAAACUCCGCCUAUCGAAUGGGCUACCAGGAUGCAUUGGUGGUCUAGACGUCGAGUUUUUAGCUUGGCUUGAUACACCAUUAGUACUCUUUAUCGGUCUCAUUGAAAAAGCUUCUCCUUAUUUAGUAACACAAAUGCACAGACGUAGAGUUUUAUUGUGUAGCAGAUAGAUAGCAAGGUAGCAAGGUUUUUUUUAGUUUACAAUUCAGAUCGGCAGGAGAAUUUUUCACUGAGACUGAUAUUACUACUCGAAUUUAUUAAUAGUCAUUAUGCGUGUAAAAUAGACACAUCCCAUAAGCAUCUCAUAUUUCAGUUUCACAAGUAAUCGAGUAGAGAGUAGAUCUGAAAAUACAUUCAUAACAUUUACGUGUGACAAACGAAUCGUGGAGUGGUGUUUCCUAUUUCUUGGUAGUCCAUUAAUGGAGUGUUCAAACGCGAAGGUAUAAUAUUGACCUUGUGUGUACAUCGGUUAACAAGAAGCACCGGCCAUAUUAAACGAAAAAUACAUACUGUUUCGAAAGUCGAAUUUAACGUAAGGCUGGCGUAAACACUGUAUUUUUCGAUACGAGAAUUUGCUGUUCGAAGAACGGGUGACCUUCGUGAUAAAGAGCCUAGUACGCGAGGUACAAGAACUUUAUAUAGAUAUAGCAUUAAAACGCGUCGCCUUUUGGCAUAAAAUGCACACUAUGCCUCUAUGUUGUGGAUAUUUUUACAAGUAAGAAGAGGAAGAUAAUAUUCCUCGAACGAUUGAGACAAAUCUGAUGCUGAUGUAUCAGAUAUACUUGCUGUGUAUCAUAUAAUAUAGACUUGUACUUUCAGACUGUACGUUGAGUAAUCGUUCAGACAAGAUUCGAGGGAAAUGUUUUUUUAAGUAUUAGCGAAGAUACAUUUGCAAUUUCUGUAACGCCGUCUCGUGGGUCGAACUUUUCUCGAUUGGAAAAUUUUAUUUUUCUGAUUACUACCUGCUGUCCUAUGAAACAAACUUUUCUUUCUCGAAAUAUAUCAUGGUGUUUUUUGAGAUUUUACGACAGAGAGAAACAAACAAAAAUGCCAAUUUUACACGAACAUGGUACGUGUUAUACAUAUACAUAUAUUAAUGGGACUCGAGUACAACGAGCGACUGAAUUAUUCUUUGUAACGCGUCAGAAAUAAAUUAGCGAAUCAAGUAAAACAUAGAAUCCAGAUGAAUUUGUGUUCCGUAAUGCAUUUUUUUAACACAUACCAAAACAUGAUAUAAUUCCGAAAAUUGGUCAUGCGAAAUAGACUUGUCUGUAUAACGUGAAACAUGUAAUUUUUAAAAGAA